CUGAGAGUAUAUUAAUUUUUUGAUUCGAAUAAACUGCAUCACUUGGCAUAUAUUACACGUGAAGUUGUCUAUCAAAAGUGGUCUUCGAUUCAUGGGUGGAGGCUACCGCCGAAUAUCGAAGUGAGAGCGCGAGCCAAUCCCUGCAUCCACAUGCACACUCGGUACUCUAUUGUGACCACAACACCACCAGUUCACCAGUUCACCCAUGCGCUCCGGCAGCCUCUUUGUCGCAAACCUUUGGAUCAUCACUUUCACUCCCCGAAACCUACUAGAACGUCUCCCGCUUCUCAGGAUAUAGCCGAUAGCAUCGAUAGACGCUAUUGUUGCAAUCAUGGCUACCACUGAUACAGUACCAAAGGCGACUCCUCCGCACCGUGACCGACAAGGGCGCCGACGACCUUUCGCAUCAUGGAUGAAGAAACUGGCCAACUUCAAGAACACCUCAUCCUCCGACGCAAACGACAGCUCAAACGGAAAACGCAAUGGCUACGCUCUGAAGACCCAAUCCAAGAAAAAGAACAAUGGCCCAUAUAUGUCACCACCAAAUGGGCGCCACUCCCCAUCUACCAUCCCGACAAGGCGUACGGCGAGCGCUUCCUCCAAUGGCAACGGCGAGCCAUCAUUCGGAUCAUCCAUUGACGACCUUCCAUCCCACACCGUCGGAUACAGAUCCAACGCGCCGACCGUAUCGACCGAACGAGACGCCGCACGCUCUCUCGCUGCGCAAUCGCACGCCGCAUCAUCAGCCGAAGGCACAACCCCCACCAUCGGCGGCCCCAGCAUGAGCAGAGGCGCCGACAGCACCUUCUCCUCCCCAGCACCAUCCCUCCGCUCCCUAACCACAACCCUCACAACCGUCCACUCCACCGGAGCAGCCCUCGGAGGCCCCAACCAACCCCACCACAGCCACCACAGCCACCACGGAAGCACAACCCAAAGCACAAACCCCACGCACUUCACGCACCAAUUCCCCACCUCCCCCCCUCCCUCCGCCCUCCCCUCCCACCUCGCCCCUCCCCUAGGAAGCGGCGGCCACCCCGCAACCUACAACACCGCCACAGCCAACAACCUCCUCACCGACAACGCCUCGAUCCUCACGCUCGCCUCCUCCUCCAAGCGCCGCCGCCGCCGGUCAAUGGACACAGACGCCUCUGUCCGCGCUCUCGCGCCCUCCUCCCUCUUCGGCGGAAGCCGCGAAUCCCUCCCCCUCAGCGUGCUCAGCGCUAACAUCGACGCACCGCCCAGCGCUACUACCAGCGCCGCCUUACAAGCCCGCAUCGGCACCGAGCGCGCGAGCAUCUACUCCGCCACCGGCGUCGCGCCCGCGCUACCCAGCGAGCGGAACAGCUUGUACACCAACAAACAGAGCAUUAUUGGGGAUGGCGGGAGUAUUAAUAGUGGGCGUCUUGGACAUGGGAGGGCGGAUAGCGUGACGGGGAGUAUUGCGGGGAUUGCGGGGGCGAGUAGUCCGCUUGUGAGCUCGAAGGAGAGGGAGGCGGCGGCGGGGAAUGGGAGGUUGAGUCGCGCGAAUUUGGGGUGGGGGGAGGUGACGGAUGUGGCGGCUGAGGGGGAGAAGGGGGAUGCGGAGGCAGAUGCGGAGGCAGAUGCGGAGAGCGAGGAGACGGAGACGGAGGCGGAGAAGAGGAAGGGGGGGAAGGCUUGA